GAUGGGAAUAAAAUUGAAGCCCCCCCUCAACCUCGAGACAAAAAUAAUUGAUCCAAUAAUUCUCUGUCUUGCUUGGUUACUUACGGGGCCUAGUCCCUCUUAUUAUAUCCGUAGCCUGUAGCCUGUAGCCUGCACUGCACUCAUUCCCCGUAACGUCACACUUCCCAUUAUUUCUUUUUUAAAAUUUGAAUUGCGAAUAAAAAUAUUUUGGUCUAAUUUUAAUUUUAAUCCUUUUAUGUUCAUAUUUAAUUUUUUUUUCUACUUUACAUUGAUAUCUUUAUAAUAUUAUUAAAAAGUCUAAAUUAUUCCUCUUAAAACAACCUUAAGAAUUUGACAUAAAAACCGAUUUAAAUGUAUUGAUUAUUAUUUUUUAAAAUAUUGGUAAAAUUACAUUUUGAACUAAUGACAAAAUAAAAAUGAAAAGAAAUCCCAAUUUAAGUGGAGAGAUUAAAUCACGAAUUUCAGAAUAACAAAAAGGACUAAAAGCGUAUAUAACCUAGGAGUUAGUCUCUUUUUGGAGUCCAAAUAAAGCAAAUAGAAACAGUGUCAGUCAAAGCUCAAACUUUGAAGACACUUGCCUUCCUCCCUGCAACCAUCGUUCAAAAACAACACACCCAACUAGUUUUGAGUGAAUGGAGAGACAACGUUCUUAUAAUGGACGAAGAAAUAUUGACGAAAGACCCAAAAAUCUUUCACAGUGUAGGCUCCAGCGUUCUUCAUCUCUGCCGCCGGUCGCCAGAGCUCCGCCACCACCUCCUCCUCCAAACCAAUUGAAACUGGCAGCAAUGGCCAUCGAUUUGAACGUCCGCCUGAGAUCCGCCGAUAUGCCUCUCGCAAUGCAAGAGCGAGCUAUCCGGAAAGCCAGAGCUUUAGUCGACGCUAACAACCCAGGUAUUACCAAACCUACGCAGGUCGCAAUGUGCCUUAAGAAGGAAUUUGAUGCGUUGUACGGACCGGCAUGGCAUUGCAUAGUGGGGAAGAGUUUUGGGUCGUUUGUGACGCACGCCGGCGGAGGAUUCUUGUACUUCUCGGUGGACAAGCUUUGUUUCCUUCUCUUCAAGACGGAGAGGAAUCCCAAAUUAUGACGACGGUGGCAGCUUCUAUGAUCAUACAGGCGGUGGUGGUGACAGUGGAGGCCAAUACUUUACCCAAUCUUCUUCCCUUUCCACAUCUUCUUCUUCCGAUUCUUUGUACCACUCGUCUAUCAAUCGCGGCACCAUCGGAGACGUAUUUUUCGGCACCGACGAUAUAAGAGACACCAGAGAUUUGCUUUACAAGGAAGAUGUGCUGGAGAGUUACCAAAAAGAAACAGCACAAAAAUACUUGAGGCAACGAUCAAAGAAAAGAUCAAUCUCAAAUUUCGGGUGUGUCGAGUUCUUGAAACUUUUAUUACUAUAUUGCUGCAGAUGUAUAAUAUAGGCUGAUUAAUUUCUAGUCUGUAGAAGCUGAAAAUCUUUUGCAAUUUUAUGUUUAUAUUUUUCCAUCAUAAAUUGAAUUUAUUUCCAAUAAUAGUAAGGAGAUCAGCCUUUCAGCUGUGAAUAUUUGUGAAA